CUGCCGGCACCGGGGCCGCGGGCGGACGGAGAGCGGGGCCGCUGUGGGCCCGUGUUCUCCGCGUCGGGCGGUCGCAGCCCGGGAGGCCCCGGGGAGGAGGAGGGGGAGGAGCGGGGACCGGGAGGAGGACAGUGAGCGGGGACCGUCCCCGUCCCCGUCCCCGGCGGCGGCGGCCAUGGCCAGGUGGGGCCAGGGAGACCCUCGCUGGAUUGUGGAGGACAGGGCCGACGGCACCAACGUGAACAACUGGCACUGGACGGAGCGGGAUGCGACCAGCUGGUCGAAAGGCAAACUGCGGGAGCUCCUGGUGGGCGUCGCGGUGGAGAACGAGGCCGGCUGCUGCCGGAUCAGCGACCUGAAGCAGGUGGAGGGCGAGGCCUCCUGCAGCAGCCGAAAAGGGAAGCUGAUCUUCUUCUACGAAUGGCACAUCCGGCUGAGCUGGACCGGUACGGUGAAGGGGUCCGGGGCCAAGCACCGAGGGUCCGUGGAGAUCCCCAACCUGUCAGAAGAAAAUGAAGUAGACGACACAGAGGUGAACGUGAGCAAGAAGAGAGGCGACGGAGACAAACUGCAGGAUCUGAUGCAAACCGAGGGCACCGCCAAAGUCAGGGAGGCCCUCGGCGACUACCUGAGGGCACUUAAAACUGAGUUUACAACAGGUAUGAUCCUACCCACGCGAGCCCUGGCUACUCAGGACCCGGCCGCAAAGCGGAAGCUGAGCGAGAGCCCGUGGCAGGCCGCGGGGUCUGCGGUGACCGGAGCCGGGGUCGGGGUGAGGAUCCCCACCGUCAAGAUCUGCCUGCGGGAGCUGUUCGACACCCCCGUCGAGAACCUUUACAGCAUCUUCACCACCAAGGACUUGGUGCAGAAGUUUUCCAAGUGCCCUGCCGUGGUGGAAGCAGAAAAGGGGGGCAAGCUCCAGAUGUUUGGCGGGACCGUGGUGGGCGAGUACGUGGAACUGUUAACCAACAAGAGGAUUGUUAUGAAGUGGCGCUGUCGGAACUGGCCCGAUGAACACUACGCGACCGUUGCACUGACUUUCCUGGCGGUAGGUGGAAGAGCCGACUUAGAGUUGGACUGCCGAGGAGUGCCCGGCUGUAAAGAAGACAGCACCAGGCAGUGUUGGCAGAAGCAGCACUUCGAAGAAAUCAGGAGUUUGCUGCGGCAGUCACCGGCUUUGGAGAGCUGAAGGGGCCAGACGGAGUUCUACGAGGGCGUUACUCUUUCUGUAAGUGGGGAAAAACCUAAACCUCUUCCUUUUUUUUUUAGAAAAAAAUAAUAGUAAUUUAUUUUGUGGGAUUAAAAAUCCACUUCUGCUACUGUACGUAAUUUAAGUGCUCUUUACGGGGCUUCACUGUGAACAAAACGAAGGGACCCGGGAGUAACUUAGCGCAGUGCAGCGGGUCAGCGAGCCGUCUUGUAGGUUCCAACUCGGUUGGUGCCCGCCCGCCCUGGGAAAUACCGCAGCGGGGCCGGGAGCGUAUUUUUUCCCGGAGUGGUCCUGGCUGCUUAUGACAUCGAUGUGGUAAAGCAAAUGGUGAAUUGAAUUGUUACUGUCAUGGGGGGAAUGGAGCAAAGACAGGGAGGAGCACUCUGCUAGGGAGAACGUGACUGUGUGCUCUGCACACAGUAAGCGCUCAAUAAAUACGGUUGAUGAUGGUAGUGAGGGGAGUUGAUGUCUGAUCAGUGAACGUGUAGAAACAAAGUCAAGUGGGUUUCAGUAAAUGUUCGGGGUU